AUGCCUAACAAAGCACAUACGUGUAUUUCUUUCAUCACAAGCAUGAAUAUGUGUUCAGCAGUCUUGAUGAACCAAAAAAACCAUCCGCUUUUCACACUCUUGAUUCAUCACCCCACUUAUAUGCAUUAUCUUGUCGGGUCCUGGUACAUGAGAAACUAUGAUGUAUCAAACAUCCAGUUUGUCUGUUUGAAUAGCAACAACUCGUCAGUGGGACUUCUCGCCUCAAACAUGCACAGCCAGGACACUAUCCACAUUACGCAGUUUCUCAAAGGCACAAAGUCCGCAGCGCGGUCGGUCACGAUGCUGAAAAGUCUCUUGUAUUUCCAGAACCGUCUUCGUUCAGAAAGCCAGGAAUGCCUACGGUAUGAACCCUUUCAAGCCAACGCAUGCAACACAGAAGUACAUCCAAUGAAGAACCCGAUACAUGUCCAUUUUGUUGCAGACCAUGAACUGUGGCCGCUGCUAAAAUCCCAAUUGCACAGUUGUAAACUAGCCUAUCUGACGUGCUCUUUCUACAAUCUGGAGAACUAUUAUGAUCAAAUAACAAUAAAUCCAGAAAGGAAACUACUCACAAGGUUGCUGAAAACCCUUCGACAGACCAUCACCGGUUUUGCCCUUCUUGGGUCUCAUCAGGACUUUUCGGCAAAUAUUCCAAACACACACCAUUCGGGACCCACGGCAAUGGCAAAGCUUUGGGCUCCUUAUAUUCUGCCCCACUGGCUCGAGAAAACAAUUGUGGUAGAUUCUGACACUCUUUGGAAUGAAAAUAUAUACACUCUGUGGAACCACUUUAACAGAUUCAAUUCAACACAAGUAAGCGCUGUGCAAGCCAGCUCAGAGAACUGUUUGCCUUGUGAAUUUUUCAUAAUAACCUCGGUCAAGUGGCAUUUUCGAUUAUUGUCAAAACAUACAUGGUUAAAACCCACGACCGGCUUCGCCCUUCUUGGGGCUCAUCAGGUAGGCUGUCUUCGAGUUUCCGUAAACUUUAUGUUCUACUUGAAACCAAAUUGCACGAAAUUAGCGCAAUACACUCAUUUGCAAACUAAUUUGGUUCUUCGACAGACUCAAUUGGAGCCAUUUGAAUAUCUCAUGAUUGGAAUAGCGUGGGAGCAACAGUCCGACGACUUGGGUUGCAACAGAAGUUCGAAAGUGGUCAUUCCGCCCACAGGUGUAAAUUCUGGUCUUGUUCUGAUGAAUCUCUGGAGAAUGCGUUAUGUCAGAUGGGAUGCUAUUAGCGAGCGGAUGAUCAUUGCAAGGUUGAAAAGGGACAAAAUUUUUUAUCAGAGCGACCAGGCUAUAUAUAACGACAUAAUACCUCUGAAGCCGGAAUGGUACUAUCCCCUUGCGUGUGAAUGGAACGUGCAGCUUUAUUCUUCCGUUGCGGUACAAUGCUGUCCGACAGUCUGGUCCGACAGAAGACCCAAAGUGACUCAUGAAUGCUCUGAUAUAAAUCGAAAUAUGACAGGCUCCUACGGAUACGCACUGCUUGUGCAUUGUGAUGGAAAACAAAAGCCGGAAGAAUCUUAUACGGAGAGUCCGGAAUCACUCAGUCCUCCACCUUCAGGAAGACCAUUGACUAUUGAGGAGCUGCGUUCACGCUACUUUGAUGUUUAUGUUCGCUUUCGAAAGAUUCCAAUAAAUUGCUUCGUAUAA